UUAUUUUUAAUACGUCACUUUGACCAUUUUUAUCAAACGAAUUAAAUUGUGAUAAUUAAAAUACACAAUAUUAUCAGAUCACGCAAGAAAAUUAUAAUAAUUUAAGAAUAGAAACGGUGAAUUUAUAUUCUAUGAAAAUUUAUUAAUGUGAUCGUAUAAACAUGGUUUAUAUAUCGAGUGAUGGCAAAAUUCAUAACUCAGUACCAUGGGGCUUAAAAAAAGUUGCGAAUUUCUUUUCAUCGAUAAUAUACUUAGUAAUAAUGUUCUUCAAGACAUUAUUUGGUAUGGAUAUAGAUAAAAAUGAUGGUAAAAAUUCAAAAGAUUAUAGACCUGGCUUUGGUCCACCUAAACCUCCAAGUCGUAAACUGGGUAGACCUAGCAAUAUCAAUCAUAACGUCAACAUUCCCUUUGGAGGUUGCAGCAGUUGUCAGGGUUGAAUUUAAUGUGAGUAAAUAAGAUAAUGGAUAAUCUAUUUCCAUCAAAGAAUUUUUAUCGAAUCAAUAUGUUUAUUUAAAUAUUAAAGCUCAGAAAUAUAAUGAAUAAUUUGUAACAUAUGCUUCUGUUGUAUUUAAAAUAUUACAAAUGAAACACAAAGAUAUUAUAUGUUAUGUAAUAACAAUAAAAAUUGAAACUUUUGUGUAAAAUUAUAGUAUUAAGAUUUAUACAUCUUUUAUACAUUACAAAAGAAAUAAUAAUAU